AUGAGAAAAGAAAUCUCCCUUAGCACAUUUUUUAAGGGAGAGAAGAAACGUAAAAUAGAUUGCGCUUCGGAAGAGUUUGAGGAUGAAGAAGGUGUUUGGGUCUUGAUAUAUGGACCAUUUGGAAUGUUAAAUUGGCCUGGUUUAUAUGAUAAGAAGAAUCACAAGGCAACUAUUUUGAAUGCCGAUGAUUUAGGUGAUUAUGAGGUGUUAUCGGUCCUUGAUUUUAAAUUAUGUGAUUCAGAUGUAUUCAUGACCAAAGUACCUGAUUAUCUUCAAAGUUCUUGGAAGAGUGCUUUGGAAUUAGCGUUUAAUAAUACAAAAGAGGAAUUGAUAAUGAAACACUUUUUUGAAAAACAAGAAAAGACUGUUAUUGAUAGAAUAGAGGCAGAGAACAAUGAAGUUGCUCCUAGCUUGUCAAUAAGUACAAAAUCUUUUCUUGCAAAAGGCUUGAUUUCUCUUAAACCAACAGGCAUUGUGUUUGAUGAUAAUAGAGACAUGUUAAAAGUUGAAGAAGAUAUGGAGCGUGUGUUUGAUCGAGACAAAAUUGAAAAUGUUGAUUGUCCUAUUGAGUUCUCCAAAAAACUGUUCUUCUCCUACAAGAACAACAAUCCAACUCCAUUACUCUCACCACUCUAUGCAUUGCAGAACUUACAUUUUGAACAGGAAUCAGAAAUGAACUAUCAGGAAACUCUUUCCAUUCUGUUUGCCUUUCUUAUUAGUAUUUCACAGGGAAAAUUGACCUCUACUGGGUGCUUUUUUGGAGAAUGGAAACCAGUUGAAGUGGAUUCUAUUUACGACCAUCCAGACUUUAAGAAAAUUGUGUUUCUAAUGAGAGGAUCUUUAAAAGAAUUGAUGAAUAACUUGUUCUCAAAUGAUUUACUUAAUUCAGAUACUGAAUUGGACACCUUUGGAUCGCUCUCAGGUGGGACCAAAAUUUGCUUUUUAAGACUUUAUCUUGUUCCAAAGAGUAGUAAUACUACAAUUUUUAGUUAUAGUUUUAGAUUAUUCAGUUCGGAAUGGUAUGAUAUUAACACAUCGAACGGAAGAGCUAAAGCUGUAUCAAUACUUCUUCAAAUUGGAAAAAACUGUUUGAACAAGAGUUUCAAUAAUGAAGCCCAAAAAAAGGUGAGGAACAUAUCUGAUACACCAACAACUUCAAAGUCCAAUACAGAUCCAGGACUUUUUGAUAUAACGAAUCAGUCAAUUAUGAUACAUCAAUUUUUCCCUCAACGAAUGUUAUAUGAAUUCAAAACGCCCGAUGAAGCCAUUAAACAUUUUUCUCAAAUACUACGAUAUCCACUACCUGUUGAAGAAGAAAUCCAAAAAGAACUCAAAAGCUCUUGUCACAAAACUUUUCUGAACCAAAAAGGCAGAACCUUACUAUUUUUUACUAAGGAAAAACCUUACGAAUUGAAUAUUUAUCCAAGGGGACAAUUGUGUCCCCAUCCUAUGAAUGAAAUUCAAUUAUUUUUCAAUACUGAAGGUGAGAAGUUUACUUAUAGGUAUUGGUUUCUUAAAGUUUCAAUGAGAACAAUUGAAUAUAUAUAUUCUAGAAUUGAAGAUGGGAACGAUCAAGAAGAUUUUGAGGAUGAAAAUGAAAGGAAAGACGAUUGUACCGUAGACAAUAACAUUGAUCAUAACGAUAACAACAAUACUUCUCUUUUUAAACUUUCCCAAAGUAUUCAUGAUCUUGAUUUAGGAUUAGACUUUAGCAACUUGCAAAUGGAAAAGUUAGAACAAAAAUCAAUUCUAGGAACCAUACAAUAUAAGAAUAAGGAAUCUUAUUUCAAGAUUACAAAUAGAGAAAUCGACAAUGUGUUUGUAAUGAAAUUGAUGAAAGAAAUUAGAGACCCUAAUAUUUGCAAUAUUUUCUAUUAUGGACCUGUAAAUAGCCAAUUAAAUAUUACAGUUCAAGAAAAAUUAUUAAACUAUGAUGAGCUGAUAAAAAAGAUGCAAAGUAAUCAAGAGUAUCAAGGAAAUUCCAUUAUAAGAACAAUCAUACUGAAGACAUUGAUAGGGUGUUUACAUGCUCUUAAAUGCAUUCAUAAUAAGGGCAUUGUUCAUUGUGAUGUCAGUGUUCAUAACAUUAUGUUUAGAAUGAAAACCAGUUACGAUUUUGAUGCUGUUUUAAUAGAUUUCAAUAACUCUAAAUGCUUGAAUUCCAAUCAACAAAGUAUAUUGAAUUACAAAGAUGAUUACACACCUCAAGAUCCGAAUAUCAGAUUCACGGUAAAACAUGAUAUAUUUGCACUGUCUGUGGUUAUUAAAAAGAUAAUGGCAAACUAUUCCAGGGUUUGUGAAGAGAUUUGUAAUGACAUUCAUUUUGAAGAAUACAACAUUAUUCCAAUCUCUAAUUGUAUUAAGAAAAUGAGUGCAGUUCAGUAUUCAAGAGUUACUGAAGUAUUGGAUGACGUUGUCUCUUUCUGUAUGACCAUUUAA